UUUGCCAUUUUCAUUCUGACGUCUUCCCCAAAAGGCAGGGGGUGGGGACCCCAGCCCUAGGUGGUGACGUUGGGGGCUGGCCCAGGCCUGGGGAGUGGAGGAGACUCGCUACCAGGCUUCCUGUCUCUCCCUCUAAGCGUAUCUCUGUCUGCAGAAGUAACAGGCACCCUCCCCAGUGGGCUUCUGCUCCCAACCCUCACAGAGACACACCUGCGCUAGAAGCAGAAAGGAAGAGAGACCCAGGCUGGGAGGCCAAAGGCUCAGGUCCUUGCCUGCCUCAGCAAAGCCAAAAUGGGCCCGGGGACCUCUCUUAGGCACCUGUUCUUGGUGCUGCAACUGGUGAUGCUCCCGGCUGGCACUCAGGGAAAAGCAGUGGUGCUGGGUAAGGCAGGAGGCCAGGCAGAGCUGCCCUGCCAGGCUUCCCAGAAGAAGAACAUAGUCUUCAGCUGGAAAGAUUCUUCCCAGUCCAAGAUUCUGGGGAGUCAUAACUCCUUCUUGCACAAAGGUAACACUGAACUGAGCCGUCGAGUGGAAUCCAAAAGAAACCUGUGGGACCAAGGAUCCUUUCCUCUGAUCAUCAAGAACCUCCAAGUAACUGACUCGGGGACUUAUACCUGUGAAGUGGAUAGCAAGAAGCUCGAGGUGGAACUGAAGGUGUUCGGACUGACUGCCAGCUCGGACACCCGUCUACUGCUGGGACAGAGCCUGACCUUGACUUUGGAGAGUCCCUCUGGGAGCAACCCUUCUGUGCAGUGGAAGGGUCCAGGGAAUAAUAGGAAGGAAGAACUCAAGAGCCUGUCACUGGCCCAGGUGGGGCUGCAGGACAGUGGUACCUGGACGUGCACUAUCUCCCAGAGCCAGCAGACACUGGAGAUCAAAAUACCCAUCGUGGUGCUGGCCUUCCAGAAGGCCCCCGAAACAGUCUAUGUGAAGGAGGGGGAGCAGGCGGAGUUUUCCUUCCCACUCACCUUCGAGGAUGAAAAUCUGAGUGGGGAGCUGACUUGGCAGCAGGCGAACAAGGAUUCUUCCUCCCAAUCCUGGGUCACCUUCACCCUGAGGAACAGAGAGGUGAAGGUGAACAAGACUCACAAGGACCUCAAGCUCCGUGUGGAGGAGAGGCUACCGCUGCGUCUCACUCUGCUGCGGACCUUGCCUCAGUACGCGGGUUCUGGAACCCUGACCCUGGAUCUCUCCAAGGGGAAGCUGCAUCAGAAAGUGAACCUCGUGGUGAUGAGAGUGACUAAGUCCCCAAACAGUCUGACCUGUGAGGUGCUGGGGCCCAGCCCCCCAAGGCUGACCCUGAACUUGAAGCUGGGGAACCAGAGUAUGAAGAGCUCAAAUCAGCCAAAGUUGGUGACAGAGCCGGAACCCAAGGCUGGGAUGUGGCAGUGUCUGCUGAGUGACCAGGGCAAAGUCCUGCUGGAAUCCAAGAUCGAGGUCUUGCCGUCAGAGUUCAUCCAGGCCUGGCCGAUGCUCCUGCCCAUGGUGUUGGGGGGAAUCGCAGGCCUAGCGCUUCUCACUGGCUCCUGCAUCUUCUGUGUUAAAUGCUGGCACCGCAGGCGCCAGGCAGAACGGAUGUCUCAAAUCAAGAGGCUCCUCAGUGAGAAGAAGACCUGCCAGUGCCCCCACCGUCUCCAGAAGACCCACAGUCUCACCUGAGGCACUGACCAGGAGGAGUUUCUCACCUGCAAGCUCCCCACCAGGCUCCGCCACCCCCCAACCCUACCUCCGCUGCAUCUCCUAUUGGGCCCCUGGGCCUGGGGACCAGAUGAAUGUAGCUGGGGCCUGUGGCCGCCUCCCGCCCUUCUGGUCGAGGGGGCCUGGGGUCUGCUCUUCCAGAUGCUCUCCUCCUCUUCCCCGUUUUCUUUCUACUUCAGCCCUAACCCUUCUCUGAUGACUUCUCUCUUGACUCUCUCCCUCACCACUGGCUCGGAUCCCGGGCAGCACGAGGGACCAGCCCAGCCUGGCCUGGAGGGUGAGGCUGGGUGUCUGGGGCACGAAGCUCAAGACUGUCACUGUACGGGGAGAGGACCCUGGGACCAGAAAGGGCAGGGACUAGCCCAGGAUCACACAGCUAGUCAAGGACAGAUUCAGAUCCAAAGGUUCCUCCUGACUGCCAGCCAGCAGCAUUUCAUUCUGCCUGCAUCUCACUCUGCCUUGGCAGAACCACAGACUCACAUCCUCACCUGGGCACAAACAGGCACCCUGGGCACACUUGUGCCCAGACAUGAUUCCUUAUCACCUCAGCAGCACGGCUGUGUUUACAAACCAGUUCCUUUGUUUGUCUAUAGGCUUCCCUGGUGGCUCAGACGCUAGAGAAUCUGCUUGCCAGCGCAGGAGACCUCGGUUUGAUCCCUGGGUUGGGAAGAUCCCCAGAGAG